UAUUUUGACAAUUUUGUCUAACUAAUUGUCUUUACUGUAUUGUUAUUUGUUUUGUGUUAAAUACAUGAAUCUAGUAUAAAAUAUAGGAUCCUACCUUCUAUGGCAUACACUCUUUGAAGUCUAAAAUUCAAUUAAAAUAUUUAUUGGAAAGCGUAUGUAAGGUUUUAAUUAAUAUUACGUAGUAUUAUUACUUGUUCUGUGAUAUUACUUCGUACUUGAAGACCGAGGAACGUGAAACUUCAUAGCAACUGAAAACGAAGGUCCUGAAAAUGGAUCAAACCCAAACCGGAGCCAGUAAAUUUAGAGCUCAUCUUCGCACAUCAAUAAACGUUGAUGAUAUAGCAAAUAUGACUAGAAUUCUUGAUCAAGAACUGCUCGAUUCUCAAAACACUUUAAACGAGAUUUCAAACAUAUUCGCUUCCAUCAACGAUUUUAAAAACAGCAAUUUAUCAGUUCACAACUUUGACAGAGACGCCGUUUCUAAAUUUGUAGACGCGGAGCCUUUAAAACUGGUAACGCCAGACUUUGGGGGCAUUAAAUUUGAGGGUGAAGUUGAUGAAAUUUUGGCAACUAUGAAGAAAUAUGCUGACCAUUUAAAAAAUAAUUUACCUGUUAUUGAAAAACAAACAAAUAUGAAGGAAACAGUUAAUAAUUCGGAACCGAUUGAUGUUAGUCAGUAUGCUGCUAGUUUGGAGCAACUGAAUAAGCGCCUGGCUCAUAUAAGACAGAACCUGAGGCAAGAAGCAACUACAAAGGAUUUGAAUAUGGAGCAAAAGUUGGAAACCUUGAAUCAAAAUAUUAAGCUAUUUAAAGAGAUGACGGAAGGAAAUGCUUUGUUAAGCAAAUGCAGUGCAAAAAGUGGAGAAAACAUUCAAAAGGAACAUAACUCAACAAGCCAAUAUGAGGAAAUAGUCAAUAAGUUACUGUCUGGUAUCAAUGAUGUUACAUAUUUAAGGCAAAAUAAGUGUUAAAUAGAGAAAUAAGUUAAAAAGGGUUUUUAGGAAUUUUGUAUCAUAUACAGGUCUACUACUUAACACAUUUAGUGCCAGCAACCUGCCAGGCGGGCGCUCUGUUCGUUCGUAGUCGCUGUUUUUUAUAUAAGUAUGGGAUUUUGCAUGUUACCAGCUACGCUCGUAGCGCGUAGCACUCUGCACUGAAUGUGUUUACAAAUUUUAUGACAUAUUAGUCAUAUUUAUUGUAUCUUUCCCAACAAUAUGAUGUACCUAUAAUAAAACAUAUUAUAACAUU